UUGGUUCAUUCAACAAAACACGGUACACCCAUAUUUAAUUCUCUUAACCUCUUCGAUCAAAAUUGUUAUCAUGAUGGAGAAUUACUCACUGAGCUACAAGCACGUUUGCCGAUGCUGUAGCUAUCAAGCUUGACAAAGACCAUCCCUUAGCACGAGCAUAAAUCAUAACACUGGACCUAUUGCUAAGUUUGACGGCGUUGACAGAAGUCUAAGGCGUACAUUCGCCUCGCUUUCUCGACUCGGCUCUCAAUACAAACACAUUUGGACGCCAAAAUCAGCUGAAUUACUUAGAAAAUGGCGACCGAAGUAAAUAUUUUUACCGAUUUCGAACAUGGCAUUAACAAAGUUGGCUACUUCCUCCAAGACAUUCUACUCAAAGAACCACUGAGUUCAUCUGCUGAAACACAACGAAAAGAGUGCUUGGAACACCUCCUGGAGAUGUCCAACACUCUACACAUGUUAAAGCACUAUCCCACGUGUGGCGACUCCAGUCUAAUCAAUACCGGUCUUUCGCAAUCAAGUCAGAAUUUGAACGACAAUGAAAAUGAGUUUGGAGUGACGGAUAUACCACGAAGUGGUUCGUUACCUAAUAUACCAAGUUCUGGUGGCGAGGGGUCUUCGCGGAGUGACAGUGACAAAGCAUCGGACAGCGAUUUCAAGCUUACAGACAUGCGCGAGCUUGUGAUCUACGAUCCAAUAGAAGAAGAGGAAGAAGAAGAAGACGAGGACGAAGAAGACGAGGACGAAGAAGACGAGACAGAUCCCUUAAAGCUCUCUUCAAGCUCGCGCUCCUCUAUUAAGCGUAGUCGUAAACGAGACAGCGCUGUACUAUUUGAUAUCUCUCUCGGUGACCUCGAAGACUUUGAUUUGGCUGGAUUUCUAACUGAGAAGCAUAGCCUCAAACAGUGGUACUGCGUCUUAAUGGACCAACAUCUUUGCUUAUUCCCAAGUCAAGAUCCAAGUGAGGUCGCCUAUGAUGUAGUUAUUCUACCUUAUUGUCAAAUCUCCCUUGACGACCGGUUGAUGCGCACGCCGGUAUUCCGUCUGACACAGCCCGGGAUGACACCCUGGGUGCUUGUCGCUAAGAACAACGAGGAGCUAAAGGAAUGGAUCAAUGCUUUGACUACAGCAGCGUCUGGUGGGAAGUAUAACAUGACGAGUUCAGCCGGCGCAGUCAGUGAAAGACGGUCAAGCAAAACUUCGUGUGCGCAAAGCAUGCAAGCUAUUACCGAGGAAGAAAUCACAGAAGAAGCAGAAGAAAAAGAAGAAGAAAAACAAGAAGAAAAACAAGAUAACUCUAAGCAACUGAACUCUCUUUCUGUGUCUACUUUAGCUAAACCUUCUUUGACAGCAACAUCUGAAGAGAAGGAAAAAGUAGAAUCCGAACAACUCGAUAUCAAAAAAAUCGAAGAGCAUUCAGCCCAAGAACAAGAAAAGCUUCCGGCAUUCCCAAUGAGUCCAGAUACCGAGGAGACGUUCGGGGAAGAUUUGUACGAAUCGAUUGAGAACUACGAAGAGUAUGAGGACGACGGUUUCGCAACCGAUGAGUUUGAAAGUGGAUCGUCUGACAACGAUGAUACACCAUCAACGAGUCCCAAAGGAUCGCCAAAGCUACAGCAGAAGACGAAGAAGAAGAAUCAAAUCUUUAAAUGGCUUAAGAAGAAAGCGCGAGGUAAGGAAAGGUUGUUCUCGAGCCCUCAAGAUGGUGUUGCGCUGGCAGGGUAUGUUCAUCGCAUCGAAAAUAACGCCUGCGUUAAGCGAUGGUGUGUCGUGCGUGAAGGCAAAAUCUAUUGCUACAAGAACAUCAAAGAUGAAGAUACUGAACUCACCCUCGAACUGGAGGGCGCGGAGAUCAGAGCAAAGGAAGAAGAGAAAAACAAAUUUGUUAUUCGCGUUAUGAGAGACAACGAGAGGCUGUUGACGCUGCUAACGAAGAAUACCAGGGAUAUGGACAAAUGGAAAACCGCCCUGAGAAUCGAAUCGGGUUUUAUCAAGCUGGCAACUCCUGCCGAUACGAGUUCAGGGAUCUUCGAAGACGAUGAAGGCGAUUAUGUUACGCCUAUUACUCCUGUUGGUCUACAGAAGGUCUCCAAAGCUCCGAGUAAACCCGCCACAGAUUCCGAUACCAAUAGUAAUCCUCUUGCUAAUGGAAAAGACGAAGAGAGUGGUUAUCUGGAGGUAGUUUUUGAUAAAAAUAAAUCCAACGAUGCGAAAAAAGGGAAUGCCUCAAGACCGCUUAGUCCCCUCUUAGUGAAUGCACCAAGACCUCUUAGUCCGAUGGGAAAGAAGUCCCCAGAUCAGGAGUUCUUAGGUCCACUUCCGCCACUUCCAAUCGACGCACAACCCCCCACCCUACCCCCUCCAAGGCGAUCUCCGGUACCUCAAGCCGAUAUCCAAGAAAAGAAAGAGGAGGGCGAAGGUUCUGAGGAGUCUGAGGAUUUGUACGAAGAGUUGAUAAACCCGCUGCCAAAUGCUGAUAAACUGAGUAACUGGCAUAAGAAGGAGCAUGAGGAAAAGGAAGACGACGCUGAAGAAGAGAAAGACUUCGUAUCGCAAGACGCGAUCCAUACAGCAUCAGACGAUCAAGCGUUGAUUCCCGAGAAACCACCCUUGUUGAGGAAGGUGUCAUUCGACGAUAAAGUUGAGGUUAUCAAUAAACACUUACCCCCGUCAAUGUUACCAGAAGUCGAGAACGACACAGAUAAUGGCAACAAUAAAUUAGACAAUGAAAUACCACAGGCAACCCAAGCCAGCGAACAAGAAAAGACAGUGCCAAGCCCAGUUAACAAACCAAAUGAAAAGGACAUUCGCAGUCUUCCUCGAAGGACGUUAAAAGACAGUUGGAUAAAGGAAAAGGGUUCUUCGGACGAUAAACCGCGAAGAAAAAUUUUGUCAAAUGGGAUAAAAAAUGAAGAGGACGAGGAAAGAGCGAUCAUACAAAAGACAGAAGAUGAAUUUUUUGAAAUGGCAAAGGCGUUGAAGGAACAAGGUUCUGCCGCAGUCCGUCAGAAGCGGCCAUCUUUCGUAGCGAUGAAUAGAAUUGCCUUCGAAAACAAGAAAAGAGAGCUAAUUACAGACGGCUCAAAAAUCGUCACCCGAAGCCAAGCAUUGAACAAAGAAAAAGCUGACUUAYUCGCGCGGAUAGAAUUCCAGAAACGAAGAGUUGCUGUUGCAAAAGACCGUAAAAUAUUUUUUACUUUCUCAAACACAAGUAACACCGCGAUGGCAGACGCGGAGAUGGAGUUUCACGAGUCUCAACUUGGACUUGCUAAAGCAAAACGUCGGAUAGCAGAUAUUGACAAUGAACUGAAAAAUAUAGAUUUGUUGGAAUUAAAGCACCAAAAGCGUGACGAUGUGGUUAAAAAGCCUGUUAAAACGAGAGAAUUAAAAGUGUUGAACAUAGAUGGGGAAGAAGUAAAGGCAACUGCUGUACAAUCUAAAGUGGAGGAUGAGCGUGCGCAGUUGUUACGAGGGAACGUCUUGUCAAAAAAACAGGUAUUCGAAAAAAUGGGCGGAAAAARGUAAAAAAAGAAGUAAUAAUAUUAAUAUAUCUCAACAACACGAAAACUGGAUUCAAGGCAAGCCAGUCCACCAAGGAACUCACGUCGCAAAAUACAGCGAUGUUUUCUACGGCAUGAAACGCGUCGCUACAAAGACCAAGACCUGCAAGACUGUGGAUCGAAGCGAAAGAAUAGAAGUAAUAAAGAACAGGCAAUAUGUUUCACUAAGCUUGUUUUAGUAAACAUACAUUUUACAAUUUUAAAAACAAAUUAAAUUAAUAUAAUUGAAAUUACAGAAUAUUCUUAAUUAAGAUAAAUAGGUUGUAUAUGCAAUGUAUAUUUGCCUUUCCAAGGAUCGAUGAAAGACUGGUAACGAUCUCGGGAUGCAUGGGAUUGUGGGAUUGAAUGGGGCUGUCAUUUGUGUUCCCCAUCCAGCCCCAUAAUCCUUUGCACCCCGAGGUCGUCUUCCUUUGAUGUUCGGUAAAGCAAUUUGUUUCUUGCGUGGCAUUUUCUUUCGGUUGAGUUACAUGAGGUAUUCCUAUUUAGUUUAAAUUCAUGUUUUUCCAUCUCAGACCAAGUGCCAUUCCCUAGAGUAUCAUUUCUUUGUUUAACGGUUGCACAUGAGAAGACACAUGAAUAUAGAUACAACUCAAACGAAAAAUCUUAUUCUUAAGGGAAUGGUACGGGAUUAAUGGGAAAACGUUACAGCCUUACUUGGUUGCGGGAAAUAACAUUGUGUUCCUGUGUUAAGCGUUCCUCUUGGAAUGUUGAGAAAAUCUUUAUUAAAGGGUUUAUUAAGUAGUUUGGGAUCCCUGUGUAGCAUGUUGUUGUGUUAAGCCCCGUUUGCACUGGCGAUUUUUGCGGCGAUCUUUGCUGCGAUUUUUGUGGCAAUUUUCGGACAUAUGAAAUCUUUUGUCUCAUCCUUCAAAAGAGACAUUCGUCUAGGAAAAUCUUGGUAUCCUGAAAAAAACUUUACAAGUAAAUUCUUUACCAUUAUUUAUUAUGGACAGGAUCGCCGAAAAAAUCACAGCAAAAAUCGCCGCAAAACUCGCUAGUGUAAACGGGGAUUUAGUUCAAUUCCACCUGGAAUUUUUAGCAAAUCUUCAUGAUCAGAUCAUUAAUUUCAAUGAGUACUUUGGGAUCCCUGAGCAGCAUAUUACGGUGUUCACUUAUUCUUGGGAUAUUUAACACAUGUUAAAUAUGUUACUUUAUUAAUUCAAUAAUAAUUUACGUUACAAUAAAUCAAAAGUCAAUAUUUUA